AUGGAUAUGCAGAAAUGGUAUUUGAAAACUUCAAAGCUGGCUCUAGCACUGGCAAUUAUACGUUCAAAACCUGCAGACAGAAGCAGCAGAGAAUAUACAGAGCACCUCGCCACCCUGGUGACCCAGCAGGAGUCCAAAUGGAAAUCAAAAAUUGCAGCUUUAGAAGCUGAAGUUCUACAAUUACGUCAAAAACUUUUCCUGAGUAAGAUAUCUUCAGGGUUGUUUAAGAAUGUGGAGAACAAUAGAGGCAUUGACAAUUCAUCCUGGCUAAUUUUUUGGAAGGUUUCAGAGGUCUGGGUCAAUGAAAUUGUUGCAGAGGAUCUAGCAAAAGAGUAUGAGCAAAGAGUGAGAAUCAGAGACUACACCCCCUUCAGAAUCCCAUCCCAAAUUCUGUGUUUUGGAGUAACCAGAGUUCUUGUGAGCAGAUCAAGACUUUUACAGUGUCCCUUCCAGGUGCAGCAUUAUGUCUCGCAGAGCCUCGUGACCUUAGGAAGCUGUGGCUUGUUGAGGAAGUCGAUUAUAUCGCUACUGCUAUCGGAGGUAAACAGCUUUGUGGACGACCUGGGAGCCAUCAUUCAGGGUCAAGGCAAUUACAAUGUGACACGCUAUGAAAAUAUUUUCUCCUUGUUCUUGAUUUUGGAGCAACUUCUUCAACAGGAAACCCAGGGAGAUGCCACAACACAUAUCGAUCACAGCAGCCCGGAAAUCCAGACAUUUCUUCACAAGCAUGAUGAAACUGUGUUCCAACUUUCAGAUGCAUUUCCUUUAUUUACUUUUUACUUAUGGAGACUGGGCAUUCUCUUGAACUCAGCAGAAAUGGAAACUGCCAAGACUGAAUCAUCUCCCUAG